AUCAGAAUUUGCCUUUUCAUACUCUAGGGUUGCUUUCCCUAUCUUUCCCCUUGAAGUUUCCUCCCAAUUACAAGAAGGUGUGUAGAUAGGGAGGGAAGAUUGAGCACUUUCAGAAAAGGUCUUACUUGACUCCUUAUGCUGAUGCAUGUGGCCUUCAAGCUGGAUUGAAAGAAUUCAACAAGAGAUCCAUUGCAGCAAUGCACGAGUUACUUAGCUUCACAAUGGAAAAGAGGUUGGUAACCAAUCACCUCUCGCACUUUCGACAAGAAUUUGUGAUGCCUCAGAAGCUGAUGAGACUCUUGUUGAAGCAUUAUGGCGUUUUCUAUGUCUCUGAGAGGGGAAAGAGGUUUAGUGUGUUCUUCAGAGGAGCUUAUGAAGGUGCGGAGCUGAUUCGGAAAUGUCCGCUCGUUAUUUGGAAGGAAAAAGUCCUAAGCCUUAUUGGUUAUACGGGGAGGAAGAAAAAGAUAGAAACUUUUAUGGACUCAUCAGAUAUGGAAGAUAAUGAUUUUCUAGAUGGCAGCUCUGAGGAUGGAGGCAUUGCUAUGCAGCUUAACCAAAUAGAAGCCAUCAGUGAAUUGGAGGAUAUUGCAGUUGGAGACAGCUCCUUAAUGGAUAUACAUGAAAUUGACAAUAAGUACAAGCCUCGUGAUUCAUUUAAAGGUCAUAUGUUCUUAUUCGAGUUGUCAAGAUAACUUGCUUUCCAAGUCUUCUUCUUCACAAGUUCAAAGUUUCAAGUUUUUGUACAGAUUUAAUUAGACAAACUUUGCUUACAUCUAUAAACCAAGUUAAUUAAUAGUGGAC